CAUCAAGAGUGGAGUGAAGGCAGGCCCAUUGCGGAUAGCGAAGGGAAGGAUAAGAGAGAAGGCAUUCGAUCAGGCCAGCAGAGCUGUGAAGCUAAAGCGAAGCCAUGGCGUCGCUCUCCGCUUCAAUCCCUUCUUGCAACUUGAAAUCUGGUUUUCUUGGUGAAAUGCGUGGGAUUCGCAUUCCAAGCAGUUCAACAAGUAGAGUUGGUUUUUGGAAGAAGCCAGUGGAGUGCAAGGAGUCUAGGAUUGGGAAGCAGCCCAUUGAAGUGCCAUCGAAUGUGACUAUUAUGUUGGAGGGCCAGGAUUUGAAGGUUAAAGGUCCUUUGGGGGAGCUUUCAAGGACAUAUCCACGCGAAGUGAAAGUAGAUAGAGAGGAUUCUGGAUUGCUGAGGGUCUCAAAAGCUUUGGAUACCAGAAGAGUCAAUCAGAUGCAUGGACUUUUCAGAACCCUAACUGACAACAUGGUUGUUGGAGUUUCAAAAGGUUUUGAGAAGAGACUUCAGAUGGUAGGGGUUGGAUAUCGUGCCGUGUUAGAAGGCAAUAACUUGGUUUUAAAUCUUGGUUUCUCCCAUCCAGUUCGAAUGGCCAUCCCAGAUGGAUUAAAAGUUAAGGUUGAAGAGAAUACUAAAAUUGUAGUAAGUGGAUAUGAUAAGUGCUCGAUCGGCGAGUUUGCUGCUUCGAUCAGAAAGUGGAGGCCCCCUGAGCCAUACAAAGGGAAGGGUGUUAGAUACGCAGAUGAAGUGGUGAGGAGAAAGGAAGGAAAGGCUGGGAAAAAGAAAUAGGAUUUAGGACUCUGUUUGUUGUUCAUCCUAUUUUAGAUUUAUGUGCAUGUAACUGAUGAACUAAUUUUUUCCAUUAAACUCUUUGUAUUUUAUAACUAAAAUUUGAGGCAAUGCUUCUCAGGAUUUA